GACGGUGACUCUGAAAGGAAGGAUUGGAUUGCCUGGAAUGACAGCAGGAAUGAUGGCGGGCCGGAUAUCCUGGUUGACUGUAUUCGCUCUCCUCCUGUGCACUGUCUUUUGUCACGUACCCAUCUCUGCAAGCGUUCACGUGCUAGAGUCUUCAAUCCAGCCUUCGGCAAGGGUGGUCCUCGGGCUCCGAAAUCGUGCGCCUGCGUCCCUGCUGAGGUUGAGAGGUGCUGGCGAUGCAGAUUCCAAAGUUCAGGAGGCUCUGGCCGCGAAGGAGCUCGGGAAUGAAGCGUACAAGAAGAAGGAUUUUGAGGAGGCGAUCAAACAGUACGAAAGGGCGGCAGAACUUGAUCCGACCUCGAUGGUCUACCUGAACAACAUCGCUGCUGCUCUGUUUGGGCAAGGAAAGUACGAGGAGUGCAUCAAGAAGUGCCAGGAGGCGAUUGAAGUGGGCAAGCAGUACCGAUCAGACUUCAAAGACAUUGCUCGAGCGCACUCGCGGUGUGGCAAUGCGUGUGCAAAGCUCGGAAGGCUGGAGGAAGCCAUCAAGCACUACGACAGCUCUCUUGUCGAAUUCAAGGAUGGUAAUGUGGAGCUCAAGCGACGAGAAGUGAUUCGACAGAAGGACGAAAUCGAUAAAGCCGCUUACCUCAAUCCUGAAAAAGCGGAAGAGCACAGGCAGAAUGGCAACGCUUUCUUCAAGGAGGGCAAAUGGGUUGAUGCCAUCAGAGAGUACACUGAAGGGCUCAGACGAGACCCCCAGAAUCACUUGAUCUAUUCGAAUCGUGCGCAGACUUACAUCAAGGUCAUGGACUUCGGGUCAGCGUUGAAAGAUUGCGACAAAUGUCUCGAACUCAAACCUGACUUCCCACGAGCAUAUGCCCGCAAGGCCACAGUGCAGAUGCUUUGCAAGCAGGUGCCCUUCCCUUCUCCCCCUGCCCCCUCCUCCCCUUCCUCUCCCUGCACCCUCCCACUUCGCUCCAUGUCCCCCAGCUGUCACCUUGUACUCGUCCAAUUCCUCAUGUGCUGA